CGCAAGUUAAGGACCGACUCUUUGACCGCCCCCAGCCCACCCCACCCCACCCCUCUCGGUCCGCCUGUCCGAACGCGCAGCAACCAUCAGCAUGACAAAGCACUGGCCGGGGCACAGCCUGAUGGCACCGCCCGCUCUCAGCCACCUCGGAGACCAUCGCCUCGACUCGAGUCGUCCGCCCGGCCACGUAGCGCGGAGCUCCACAGUCCGGCACCGGAGCCAGCGGCGUCCGGCGCAGAUGGUCCCCCAGCACCCGCCACCGAGCUUCUCCGAGCCCGCAGCAGUCCACCCGCAGGAGCACAUCACCGGCGCAUUCAUGGACGCUAAUCCCGUAGCACCGGAGCCGUCGUACGGGAACGCUCACGAGGCCAACCCCAAACGAGAAGCUGAGCGGCGGGAGGCGCCCGCACCGAGAGGCGCUAAGAAGAAGAACUAUCAGCGGUACCCCAAACCGCCGUACUCCUACCUUGCAAUGAUUGCCAUGGUGAUCCAACGCUCGCCGGAGAAGAAGCUGACUUUAUCUGAGAUUCUGAAGGAGAUUAGCACCCUCUUUCCAUUCUUUAAGGGGAACUACAAAGGCUGGAGAGAUUCUGUGCGACACAACCUUUCUUCAUAUGACUGUUUUGUUAAGGUGUUAAAAGAUCCCAGCAAGCCCCAGGGCAAAGGUAACUUCUGGGCUGUGGAGCUGAGCUGCGUUCCUAUGGAACUCUUAAAGAGGCAGAACACUGCUGUGUCUCGCCAGGAUGAGACCAUCUUUGCUCAGGAUCUGGCCCCUUACAUCCUGCAGGGCCACAAGCCAGAAUCCGAGCCAGCGCGGCCCACUGACCCGGUGACAACGUUCCCUCCCAGGAACCUCUCCCCACCCCGAGAGGACUUGUUCCGACCCAAGCUGGACUCAUCCUUCGCUAUUGACUCUUUGCUCCACAGCCUUCGCCCCAACAGCGGCUCUGGGGAUGUGGACAUGGGCUGUUGGGGCGAGACAGCACGCCCCCAGCUAUCGCCCCCUCCGCGACCCCGCUACGCCUCUUCUGCCCGCAGUGUUUCUGCCAGCUCAGCUAGCCCAGCCUCCACCUCCUCGUCUUCCUCUGAGGAAGACUGGAAGGGGGGGUCCCUACAUGGGAAGCGUCUCCCUCCCGAUGGUCAAGCGGGAUCAGACGGUUAUGAGGAAUAUAAAGCUCCACUACAUAAGUCAGCGCGACGGGAUGCUCUUGCACCACCUUGGGAGCUGCCCACCUCCUAUGCCAAAUACGCCCCACCCAAUGCGGUCGCCCCGCCAAGCAUGCGGUUCAACAGUGGACCUCUAAUGCCCCUACAUGGUGGACUUCCUCUUUAUGGCUAUGGGAGCUCUCAUGUGGCGCCGGGUCACUUUCUGAGCCAUGCUUACUGGCCCAUCCUCCCCAGCGGACGGGUUUCCGUCCAACCCCCUCCGCUCAUCAUGGACCUGGACAACAUGCUGCAGUCUGUGCCACCAAAUAAGAGUGUGUUUGACGCACUAAUGCCACCCAAUCAAAACUCACAUCACCAGCCACCCAGUCAGUACACCUUGCAGAAUGGGUCGUCCUUAAACCGGUACCCUCAGUAUUGACUCCUUUAGCUAUUGACUCUUUUAUAAACUGUCACUUUAUUGCAUGCAAACUACAAUGACAUUUCAGGCACAGAGGAACAACUCUGAAACAUGACUUGCAAAAGGUGCAAAAAUAAAGAAACUACCUCUAACUGUACAACUGAGCAUAUCUACCUCAAUCUUACAAGGAAAAUUUGCAUUUUCCCACAUACAGCAUUAUCUUUGCACCUUAGUUGCAUUGUUUUUUUGUUUUUUUUUAUUGGCCAGCUGAAUGUGUUUUGUACUAAAUUUUAUGGCUGAGUGAAAGGAAUUGGGCAGUAAAUGGUGCAUAAAAUAGAACCCAGUGGUGUUACAAACUCAUGAAAUACAUUACUUUUAUCCUGUUUUAAUGGUGCAUCGAAGGCACAAAGGGCACUAGACAGUUACACAGAAUUUUUACAUGCAAAGAUCAAUCAUGCUUAUUGAUUGUACUGUUCCUUUAAAUAUUGCUCAGGUUUAUUUUUUAUUUUUUUUAAAGGAAAUGACCACCACCUCAUUUUUAGUUGUCGACUGUGGACUUUGCACUGUGGGGUUAAUUUGCACUCUUUUGAAGUCGUGAUUGUCUACCGAAAGAAAUUCUUUAUAAAUGUCUACCUGUGUUGACAGCUAAAUAUUUUUGUUUUUAAAAAUAUAUUGUCAUCCUUCCGCCUCGAUUUUGUCUCUGGGGCUAAGCUGUAUAAAGAAUGUCAUGAUGCUGAACAGGGUGUAUAAUAA